AGAAGAUAAUGUCAUAUGCAUAUAAUUUAUGUCAAGCCACAAACGGAUGGAUUUUAACUAGGUUGGAUGUCAGCAUCGGCUGUCAUGGAUAUUUUUCCCAAAGAACGGAUAACGGAAAACUUACGCUGACAUUUGAAGACAAACCUGUUUUUCGAGUGCAUUAUGAUUAUGACGGAACAGACACGAGUGUUUAUCGGAUAACGUACAACAAAUGGCAUGUUCAAGGGAAAGAUUAUGUUGAUGUAAUGUGCGAAGACAUAAAUCACAUUUUAACAAAUGCUACACUUGCGGAAAAUCUAGAAUUUUCCUUGCUCUAUGUCGACAUUAAUAGUGAUAACGUGAAAGCUGCAGACCGCGUUUACGAGCAGAUCAAAAGUGAAGUACAUUUGAAAUAAAUAAACUGGGUAGGGUGUACGCACGGAAACCAAAAGGGUAGCAUCGGCCGAUAUCAAUAGCCAACACAGUGGCACAGUGAAUGCAAACGAACUCGUGAGACGUCGGCGGCUGAUUUUUGUUUUGAAGUCGCGAUUUUGAAGUCAUCUCAGAAAAUGACCUUUAAGAAAGGCGGGCCUACACUAUUUUGGAUUCCGUGUGUACCCGCUAGGGCUUCCAUGCAAUCGCUAAAACGCCUACCACGUCCGUCGCGCAGAAAUGAGGCGAGAGGCAGGCGUCCGGCCUUGAAACCGCGCCUGUCUUUCAUAGAAACUCUAGCUAGAAAACGCGAAAAUGUCGAAACAAGGUCUUUCUUUUUCUUCAUUUUCUAUCAUUCAAAUCAAAAUUCCACAACAAAGACAUUUAAAGAUCGAUCAUGUUUCCAAGCUCCGUGAUGUCCUACAAUGCUUUGACGCGACUACAUUGACAGAAUUGAAUAUUAAUAUUCACUCAAUUAUACAUAAACCUGAAAUUAUUGAGUUCGGUGAUAUAGUGGAGAUGGAUCAAUGGAGAAAUGCAAAAGAUAUACAUCUGAGAAAUUUCUUUGUUUCCAUUCCGUUUGAACACUUUAGCCAUUGUGAGAGUGCGUACAUAGAAGUUUGGAAAAUAUCAGCUGAUGAUAUACAAAAACUUAUCAAGGUUGACUUCCAUGCCCAAGACUUUAGGAGGAUCAUAGUGAAGUACAAAUCUUUGGAACCCGACGUUACCAAAAAACUAUUGAAAAAGUUAUUUGGUAGGACAUAUCCCAACAGGAAAGUUCUCAAUAACAAACGGGAGCUUCGUCGAUGCACAAUGGGUAAUUGGUUCUACAUUGUUCAUCCAGACUAUUCGUAUUCAGAUCUAAGAAACAGUCGCAAGGAAGCCAUCGCAGCCGGACGUCAACUUUCAAAACUUUCCACAUCACAGGGCUCCACUAAAUGGCUUUAUAAUUCUGUGAUUAUGGGAAACGUUACUCAAUACCUUGAUUACAAACACUUGCAAAUCCUUCGUAAAGUUUCCCGUGCAAUCCGUCAAUGCAUUGAUAUUGUCAAGCCCGAUCCCAAAGUCGUGGCAGUAACCGUUUAUUAUGGGCUCGGAAAAAGAAGUGUUGAAAUAUUCGGCAAGGAUGAUAGCGAAUUAUUAUACGGCUACAGUGGAAGUAAUAAGUCAGACCAAACAAAUAAAUUGGAUAUUGCCAAUUUCUCAAGCGAUAUGUUCCUUAUUUUUAAGAAUCAAAAAACUGCUCUCACUGAGCUUGAACUACAAUAUGAAGAAAAGUUCGAGAUGUGGAGUGGACAACACUCAUAUAUUAAAUGUUUUGAAGAAUUCGUUUUGCCGCUGGAUCGAUUGCUUUCUGUUGAAAAAUUUAAAACGAUGUUAACAAAUGCACAAAUCGUCGGCCAACUGCUCAAAUACUUGGAUCCAGUUUCGCUGAGAAAAAUUGAAUUUGGAUCUAAAUACGUGAACAUGGAAACAUGGAAACCAUGGAAACACAUUAAGCUUGAUAAUACAGUUAAUUUAUGCAAAAUGGAACAUUGGAAAAAUGCAAAGGAAUUGACUAUCCACAAUACAGUCGUGAAAUGUAAUCUUGAAGUCUUGAUUCAUUUUUCAAAAGUUGACAUUAUAUUGGACUCGAUUUUAUUGCAGGAUGUUGUAUACUUGAAAGAUGCGCUUCUCCUAUCUCCAACAUUCCGCCAAUUCAAAGCCCAGUUUGUGAACAGUGAUAUCAAUGAGACCAUAUUUGAUGAUGCCUUUUUUAGAUAUCCGUUUCGCAGAAUUGAGGACCCUUCGUCAGGGCUACCUAAUAUUUGGUUUUUCCCUUACACUGAUGUUGAGGAAGAUCUUCAAAUCAGAUAUUACCAAGAGCGUAAACUAUUUAUGUUCACUCGUAUUAAAAGACAAGCUAGACUUUAGCAGUUUGCAUUGAUAUCAUGAUUUUGAUGUAUAUAAUGAUUUUUAAUAAACUUAUCACUUAUUAGUA